AUGGGGUUGCCCGGGCGGGUGUGGGGACGGGGCGGCCCGAGCGUGACCGGGCACGGGGUGGCCCGGGCGGGUGCGGGGACGGGGCGGGCGGCCCGGCCGGGGGAGAUCAAGGGCGGCGCGGGUGGAGCGAGCGGCGGCUUGGGGUGGCCGGACCGAGGACGGGGCGGCUGGCCCGGGCGGGGGCGGGGACGGGGCGACGGCGGGGCAGAAGCGGGCGGCGGCGGGGUAGAUCGAGGGGCGGCGCUGGUGGAGCGAGCGACGGCGUGGAAGAAGGGGGCAGCAGCGGCGGGGCAGAAGGGAGGGAGCGAGCGGCGUCGAGAAUGA